CAAACAAAGGAUUUAGAAAGACACACCUAUCAAUGCAACAUCUGCAGAAAAACUUUUGACCAAUCAAGUACAUUACAGACCCACGCGAGGAGGAUACAUAUAGAUGGUAAACCUUAUAAAUGUGGCUUGUGUCAGAAGGCUUAUUGUGAAAGAUCAGGUUUAAAUAGACACAUGAAGACACAUACAGGUGAUAAACAAUAUAAAUGUAAUGUUUGUGGGAAGGUAUUCUACAAAUCGGGAGACUUACGCGAACAUAUGAAGAUACACAACUGUGAUAAACCCUAUAAAUGUGGUGUGUGUGGGAAGUUUUUAUCGGGAAAAUUACAGAGACACAUGAAGAUACAUACCCGUGAGAAUCGUUUUAAAUGUGAUAUUUGUCAGGGAAAGUUCCGAGAAAAAUCAGAUUUACUGAUACAUUUGAGAACACACACAGGUGAAAACCCAAGCAAUUAUAAAAUGUAUAAAUGUGUUGUAUGUGGGAAGUUAGUAUCAAGCCAUUUACAAAGACAUAUGAAAACACAUACUGGUGAAAAAUGUUAUAAAUGUGAUGUAUGUCAGAAAAUGUUCCGAGAAAAGUCAGAUUUAAAGCGACAUUUGAUAAGACACACAGAUGAAAACCCACAUAAAAAUAGUGUUUGCAAAAAAUUUCCUUCUCAGCGUUCUGAUUUUCGGAAACACCCAAUGUCACUUAGAGGUGUCAAAAGUUCCAAGCAUGAUGAGCAUGAUGAGGCCUGCAAGAGGUCAAGCAAUUUAAGUAGACCCAAUAGAAGAUAUCUUGGAGAAGCUCAAGAUAAAUGUGACAUAUGUGGAAAGGUAAUUAAUAAGUUAUGGUAUGUACUGAGACAUAAGAAAAAGAAUGCAAGUGAAACACCUCAUAAAUGUGAUAAGUGUGAAAAAACAUUAAGUGAAAAUGGAUACCAGAUGACACAUGAUGAUAAAAAACCUAGUGAUGAUUGUCAGAAACACCCAAAAAUGAGCACAAGUGAUAAACUUAAUGUUUGUGGGGAGGCAUUCAACCAAUCAGGAGGUUUUAAUAUACAAAUUAGGACAAACACUGGAUAUAAACCUUGUAAAGAUAAUUUUUGUAGUAAGACUUCAAAUCAGUCAAAAUAUUUGCAGAGAAACCCAAGGACACAUAUAGAAAGGGAAGAAAAAAGGUAUCAAUUUGAUAUGAGUGGGAAAAAAUUCACUGACUUAGGUUUAUUAAAGACGCACAAUAUGACACGCACAGGUGAUAAACCUCAUCAGUGUGAUAUUUGUGGAAAGGCAUUCAAGCAAUCAAGAGAUUUUCAGAGACACCAAAUAACACAUACUGAUGAAAAACCUUAUGAAUGUGAUGUGUGUGGAAAGACUUUUAACCAGUCACGUAACUUGCAGAGACACAAGGGAACACAUACAGGUCAAAAAGCUUUAUUUAUAUGUGAUGUUUGUGGUAAGACAUUCAAUCGAUCAGAUUACUUCAAGACGCACUUAAGGAAGCAUACGGGUGAAAAGCCUUAUAGAUGUGAUGUAUGUGGGAAGGCUUUCAUUCACUGUCGUUAUUUGAAGCAACACAUGGGGACACACACAGGUGAUAAGCCUUAUAGAUGUGAAGUAUGUGGGAAGGCUUUCAACCGAUUGUAUACCUUAGAGACACAUAUGAGGAUACAUACAGGUGUUAAAGCUCAUAAAUGUUUUGUGUGUGGAAAAGCAUUCAAUCGAUUGUGUAACUUACAAGAUCACAUAAGAACACAUAUAGAUGAUAAACCUUAUGAAUGUGAUAUAUGUGGAAAAUCAUUCAAUUAUUUAUGUAGACUAAGGAUACAUACAAAGAUUCACACGGGUGAUAAACCUAAUAAGUGUGGUGUUUGUGGAAAGGCAUUCAUCCAAUUACGAGACUUACAAAGACACAUUAGAACACAUACAGGUGAAAAACCUUAUAAAUGUGAUGUAUGUGGAAAGAAGUUUAAUCGAUCGUGUACCUUACAGAGUCACAAGAGGAUACAUUCCGUUCAAAAGCCUUAUGAAUGUGAUGUUUGUGGGAAGGCAUUCAAUCGAUUAAAUCACUUACAGACACACAUAAGAAAUCAUACUGGUGAGAAACCUUUUAAAUGUGAUGUAUGUGGGAAGGAAUUCUCUGAUUGUGGUUAUUUAAAGAGACACAUGAGGAUACAUACCGGUGAUAAGCCCUAUAGAUGUGAUGUGUGUGAAAGGGCAUUCAACGACAAGAAAAACUUAAAAACUCACAUGAGGAUACAUACAGGUGAUAAACCUUAUAAAUGUAGGGUGUGUGAAAAGGCAUUUAGCCGAUUAGACAACUUGCAGAGACACAUAAAGACACACACAGGUGAGAAAUCUUUUAAGUGUAAUGUAUGUGGGAAGGAAUUUUCUGAUCAUGGUAUUUUAAGACAACACAUUGGAACACAUACAGGUGAUAAGCCCUAUAGCUGUGAUGUGUGUGGAAGGACAUUCAACAAAUUCAGAAACUUAAAGACUCACAAGUGGAUGCAUACAUGUGAUAAACCUUAUAAAUGUAGGGUGUGUGAAAGGGGUUUUAACCGAUCAGACAACCUACAGAGACACAUGAGGACACAUACAGUGGAAAAAACCUUACAAAUGUAAUGUAUGUUGAAGGGAAUUCAACAGGUUAUAUAACUUAAAGAAACACAUGACGACCCGAAAAACAUACGAUAGACCUUAGCAAUGUAAUGUGUGUGGAAAGGCAAUUAACCGAUUUUUGUUACUUGCAGGGACACAUACAGAUGCUUACAAGCGAUGAACUACAUAAAUGUGAAUUUUAAAGGCAUACAGUCAGCAAAUUGCCUAUGGAAAUGGGAAUAUUUUUAAUUUUAUUGUUAGUAUUUUAAAGCAGGAAAAUUGUAAGUGUUUGAAUAUGUAUAAUAAAAAUGUAUCGAGUUUAAAGUAUAUGGACAAAUAACAUCCAACUUUCAAAGACUGAUGUAUCUGUAAGCAAGUAUAUGGACAAUCAACAUCCUACUUUCAAAAACAGAUGUAUCUGUAAGCAUUUAGGAAUAUUUUUCAUUAAUAAUGAAAUGUUUGAUACACUUUAAAGUACACUUACAAACAGCGUCCAAUAUUAUUGUGAUAUUUUAAAGUAGGGUCUAAAAUAUGUAUGAAUAACUUUAAAGUAAAUGGGCAAACAACGUCCCGCAUUCACAGGAAGCUGUAUCACUAUGCAUGUGGAAAUAUUUUAAUUGGUGUUGUAUAUCUUUGAGAUACUUAAAGGUACAUGGACAGGCAACCUCCCGCAUUCAUACACAUGUAUCU